GCCAAGGCUGAGGGGCGGCACCUCCCUUGAAACAUUGUGUGGGGCAUUCAGUCUGAUCUACUUUUUAUCUUCAACUUGUCGAGCAUCGGAUUCUUGACGCGAAAUCCACACUUCGCAAGAUGCUGUAGUUUCACCGCCUUUAUAUAUUGUCCUCCUCUAGCUUCACUCGACUCCGUAUACGACUUCUGGAGCUCGAGUUACCACUCUCUAUCCCCGAGUCCACACACCUCACCUCGAGUACACCUCAACCUCGAGUAUACACACUUCACCUCGACAUACAACCUCAUUCAAAAUGCCACCAACGCAACCACCCCUCUCAACCACCCUCCCUCCUCUCAUCUGCGGAACAGCCACCUUCAACAACCUCUACAACCCCUCCAUCGCCUCCCUCCCAACCAACACCAUCAUCUCCUCCGCCCUCGACGCCGGCAUCCGCGCCUUCGACACCUCCCCCUACUACGGCCCCUCGGAAUCCCUCCUCGGCCAAGCCCUCUCCCAACCCUCCGUCCUCUCCUCCCACCCUCGCUCCUCCUACCACCUCAUCACAAAGGUCGGCCGGAUCGCCGCCGCCGAGUUCGACUACAGCCCCGAAUGGGUCCGCUACUCCGUCUCGCGCAGCCUGCAGCGCCUGCGCACGCAAUGGCUCGACGUCGUCUACUGCCACGACGUCGAGUUCGUCACUGCCCCCGAAGUGCUCGCCGCUGUGCGGGAACUGCGCCGCAUCCGCGACGAGGAGGGGACGGUUAAGUAUAUCGGUAUAUCAGGAUACCCUGUCCCUCUGCUCUGCGAACUCGCGGAGCUGGUGGUGCGGGAAACGGGCGAGCCGUUGGAUGCGGUGAUGUCGUAUGCGAAUUUCUCGCUGCAGAACACGACGCUGAAGAGUGAGGGGCUGGAGAGGCUGAGGCGGGCGGGCGUGAGUUGUGUUCCUAAUGCGUCGAUUUUGGGGAUGGGGCUUUUGCGGGGGCAGGGCGUGCCGGUUGGUGGGAAGGGGGACUUUCAUCCGGCGCCAGAGGGGUUGAGGAGGAGGUGUUUGGAGGCGGCGAAGUGGGUUGAAACGAAAGGGGAGAGGUUGGAGGUGGUUAGUAUUAGGUGGGGGCUGGAUACUUGGUCGCGAGAAGGUGCUGUGCUGGGUGGUGUUGGCGGUAUUGGGGUUAAUGUUAUGGGGGUGAGCAAUUUGGAAGAGUUGGCGGAGACGAUGAGGGUAUGGAAUAGUGUGUUGGAUGGGUUGCCCAUUGCGGGUCGGAAAGUAGAAGAUGGGAAGAAAGAGUGGAGUUUGAAGAGGAAAGACGACGUUGAGGUGUUAGCGAAGGGCGUUUGGAACAUCUUGGGAGAGUGGAAGGACUUUGCUUGGCCGAGUCCAGAUGAGGGAUAUGUGAAUGUGAGGGCUGUUAAAGGAGUUGUGGACGAAAUUGCUCCUUUGCCUGCUGUCAAGGAUGACAUCUCGAAGAGCAGUAGGUUGUGAGUACAGCGUGGGGAGAAG